AUCAUUGUUUUCCUCUUGACUGACCUCUCACGUCAUUCUGGAAAUCGAGUAGUGUUGUUGCUGCCAUGUUAGUCUGGUUGUCAAACGUUGGUAUGCUUUUGUAUUAACGUUAACGAAGGAUGGCGACUCAAUAAGAAUAUUAAAGGAGUUCUUGCUUUUAUGAUACGGCGACAUAAAAAGGUUAAGGGAGAGCAUAGACCUAAUAUUGCUGUGGAUGGCACAAACUCUUGUGACCUGAAAGAAUGAGUCACAAAUGGGUUUCAAAUACCUCGGUGAAAGUAAGCAGAACAUUUCAUUCGUGGCAGACACAUGCCCGCCAGUCAGCAGCAUCAUUUCCCUUGUCUGCUACCUCUCACUGCAGGGUUCAUGUACAACAACCUUAUUGCUACAAGGUAGGCUAUCUCAGCUGGAGGCACAUCUACCACCUGAGGAUCACUGGGCGUAAGGGAUGGCUCUGUAAAGCUAACCAGGUUAGACAAAGGCUUGGACUCCACACCAGCACCCUGUAUUUGAACACUUCAGCGUCACGUUGGUCUGCUGGUCUGAGCCAACACAUGUCGCGGGUCAGGAACACACUGGACACAGUUUCUAAAGCUGUGAGUGGGACACAUACAGAACUUCUCUCUAAAAUCGCCAGACUCAAGCCUAAUGCUUUAAAGGGUGGGAAAAAGGCUGAGGCAAGUGUUGAGUCAACUCCAAAAGCAGAGGAGAGUGCAGUCAUGCCUACUCCUGCUCCCACUAAUGCUGCUCCUUCUUCUACAUCUACUACAUCCAAACCUAUAUGUAUCUCAUCUUCUGUCAGUCCUAUUCCUACUUCUGCUGCUACGUGUGAAGCAAGUGCCACUACCUCCACUCAUCCUCACAAUUCUACCCAAGCGACUGUCACUGCCACAAUUCUGACUGUGCACAAACUUAAGGAGAAAACGCUGAGGCGUGUUGUUCCCACUGUCAAAGACAGUUCUGCCAGGAAGCAAGAGGAGUUUAAACCUUCACUGAGUGAUACUGAGAGCAAGAGCACAACUUUAACACCACAAACCACAGCACUUUUCCAUCCCAGCACCUUUUCAGUCAGCCUGGAUGAGACUUACAACUACCUGGCCCAUCACAUCAACUCAUACUUUGGCAGCAGUACCAAGACUCAGGACAAGAAAGUGGACAAUGCUGACCAUUCUUCUGCUUCGUCUCAGGGUCAACAAACUAGUGACUUCAUGCCAGUGUCUGAUAAAACCGUCUGUCCUGCUCCAGUUACCGCACCUUCCACCAAGAAGGGUUUAGGACAUUACCUGUCCUACUCAGCUCCCACUGUACAAGCCUUUGUAGGAAGCUACAUUGCUCCCCUGGUCCCAAAGUUUAGGACAGCAGAGUCCAAAAGUACUACAGUGGAGGAAAAGAAGACUGAGGAUGCACCAGUCAAACAAACCGAGGCCACAAUUAGUAAAGAGCAGAAGGCUGCAGAGGAAAAAGCCAAGAAACUGCUGCUUCAAAGGGAGAAGAUCAUUGCCAGGGUGAGUGUGGACAAUCGAACUCGGGGUCUGGUUCAGGCUCUGCACAGAGCAUCAGAUGUAAGGGUUUAUAUCAACAGGGUGGAGGACCUCAGCUACCAUCUCCUGGAGUUUCCAGAGACUAGUGGUGUUGCAGUCAAGGAGCAGGUUAUCCCUUGCCUGCUGCGUCUGAAACAGGCCAAUGACCCAGGCCUGAGGGCAGCCAUUAGAGAAGCCCUCGCUCUGGUGGGCUACCAUAAUCCUGUGAAAGGCCGUGGCAUACGGAUCCUGUCCAUAGAUGGAGGAGGGUUAAGGGGGCUUGUUGCAAUUCAGACGUUACACAAGCUGGAAGCCCUGACCGGCAAACCCAUUUACAAACAGUUUGAUUAUAUUUGUGGUGUCAGCACAGGUGCUAUCUUAGGGUUCAUGCUAGGUGCAUUCCAAAUCCCACUGAACGAGUGUGAUGAUCUUUACCGGAAGUUGGGUUCAGAUGUCUUCAAGCAAAACUUCAUUGUUGGCACUGUAAAGAUGGGCUGGAGCCAUGCUUUCUAUGACAGUGAAGCCUGGGAGAACAUCCUCAGAGAGAAAAUGGGCUCUCACCUUCUGGUGGAAACUUCAAGAAACCCUGAAUGCCCCAAGAUGGCAGCGGUGAGCACCAUUGUGAACCGGGGCACUCCUCUUAAGGCCUAUGUGUUCAGGAACUACAACCUGCUGCCAGGGGUGCGCUCUCACUACCUGGGGGGCUGCCAGCACCAGCUUUGGCAGGCCAUCCGUGCCACGUCAGCAGCCCCUGGGUAUUUCCAGGAGUUCACCUUGGGAAAUGAUCUCCACCAGGACGGGGGUCUGCUGAUUAACAACCCCACAGCACUGGCUAUCCAUGAGUGUAAGUGUUUGUGGCCCAACACGCCCCUGGAGUGUGUGGUCUCACUCGGUACGGGCCGCUUUGAAACUCCUGGCAAGAACAGCACCACCUACACGAGCCUCAAAACCAAACUCACCAAUGUCAUCAGCAGCGCCACAGACACUGAGGAGGUUCACGCCAUGCUUGACGCCUUUCUCCCUCCCGGCACUUAUUUCCGCUUCAACCCCUACAUGAGCGAAGAUAUCUCCAUCGAUGAGAACCGGCACGAGAAGCUCAACUUGCUGCAGGCUGAGGGCAUCCGUUACCUGGAGAGAAACGAGGAGAAGCUGAAGAAGGUCUCCCGCAUCCUCACCCGAGAGAAAAGCUCCGUCCAGAGGAUGGCAGAUUGGGCCAGGCUCAGAGCUGACAUGUAUAACAUGUCCUUUAAGUCCUAUAAGCUCUAGAUCACACACAAGCCACCUUUACCUCACAUGGAAACACUUCCUUAAUUCUAAAUUGCCUGGGAUUGUGUGUCAUAGUUGUUUCCUUCUUGACCUGUAUUGUAGCUCUGGUUGUCAUUCAAAGAUGUGUCAAAUGACAUGUGGGUUUGGGAACUCCCUUAAUAGGGAUUCACUGUCCACUUGCUAGCAAAUGCAGCUUGUAUACUUAAAAGAAAAGCAUUUCGGGAAAUAGGCUUAUUUGCUUUCUUGACAAAAGUUGGAUCAAAAGAUCAAUACCAUGUAAUUCUGUAUGGUAAAUAUGAAGAUAGUUAGCUUAGAUAAGCAUAAAGGCUGAAAACGGGGAAAUGGCUAGCCUGGCUCUGUUCAAAAGUAACAAAAUCCAGCUCCCUAGCUGUUCCCCAUUUCCAGACUUUGUGCUAAGCUAAGCUAACCAGCUGCUGGCUCUAGUUACGUUUUUACCAUACAGAUAUUAGAGUAUGGUAUCGAUGGUAUGUCAUCUAGCUGUCAAGAAAUCAAAUAAACAUAUUUCCUAAAAUGUCAAACUAUUCCUUUUAAAAAGCAGAAUACUGUAAAGUUCUACAGUAGCCAGUAGCAGACUGAUUUACCAAGUGAGCACUUGUUAACUACUUAGUUUCCUUUUUAAAGAUUUGUUAUGACAACUAUAUAUCCUCACAAACCUGUGUUUGUGCUUUCAGAUAAAACAUGUAGAUGGGAUAUACGUGUUAUUGAAUUUUUUUUUAAACAGUCUAAUCAAGGUCAAUUUAAACACUAAAUCAAGUGAAAUUUCUCAGAUGACUAAAAUUUGCACCUUUUACAAUGCAUCUACUGGUCAACGGUUUAAUUGUAUACUGGUCAUAGUAACAUUGACAAAUGAGGGCCGUUUUUAACCCUUUUUUUGUUUUUACAGUAUUGCAUGUUGUUUGUAAAUGCAUGUUAUAUUUAAAAGUAAAUAUCUAGUAAAACAAUGCAAAGACGUUUGUUGCAAAGACUUACCUCAAUAUUUAAUUCUAAAAUACCUAAAUUGAUAUAUAAUGGAUAAAUAUGAAUAAGAGAUAUACAAGUAUCCAAAUGGAGGCUAGCUGGCGUAAGGAUGCACCUUUUUAGUUAUUUUAGACCCUGAGUAUUUUAAGUCCACUUGUUUCAAACACUUUUAUUAUUGUGUGCUUGAUUGUUUGGUUUUAUAGAUUCCCCACAGGCGAUGCACAUUUCUGCUCUGUCCUCAGUGUGCUCUCUUUCCCUUCAAUGCCUCUUGUCAAAAGCCUCUUUCACCCUUUCUACCUUGAAGUGCUGUGUGUUAGACCCCACUCUGCUAUACUGUAAGGUUUGUUAGAGACAUGCAGGUCAUAGCUGAGGGACUGAUUUAAAAUGAAGAUUUAAAAAAAGAAAGAUUGCUGCUUAUUGAUUUGUCAUGGCUUAAAAUUGUUUUAAUGACAUGUACAGCUAACAAAUGCACUUCAUAUAUUCAUGCCAAAUCCAGGCAAGUACUGUAAAACUGAUACAGCAAUGUGUCGUUUACUCCCAGCGGACCUGAGUCACAGUGGACAGCGAUAUUACCCAGAUUAAUAUAAUUCCACUGUUCUGUUGAUCCUGUGUAAAGACUGAGAUUGUAUGUAAUUAAAACCCAUCACUGAA